CUUUGACUCUCACAGAGUAGGUAAUCAAAAGUUCUUGUGAUGUUUGUAAAUACAAAAAUAUUUAAAAUUCUUUAAAGUAUGUUCAAUAAGAGGAGGAGGAAUAAAUACUCAUGGCUCUGAAAUGAUACUCCAAAAAUAUGCUUCACAAAUGGGUUCUAAUGUUGAUGACAGUGCUGAGCAGUCGCAAGGAACGAGGGUGUAGACUGAACACCAAAAUCGACUUCCGAGAGCCCCAACCUGUCUUCAUUCACCACGGAACCCUGUUGGAGCCCACCGACGCUGCUGGAAACAUCUUCAUGGCACAGGGAGACAGUAUCACCAUCAGCUGUGACCACUUCAUUACUCACCCUCAUACGAUAAACCUCAGGACAAUAGCAACAGUUACCUGUGAAGCUGGUGAUACGUUCAGAAACGAUGCCUGGCUGUCCACUCCUGGACAGUUCUCUCUGUUUAGAUGCUCCUCACCUCCAAACCAUAUGAGCCAAAGGACUAACAGGACCUGCUACGAUGGUAAUGUAAUUUAUGAAGUGGGGUACAAGGUUCAGAAUAAUUUCUAUCCGUUAUACGAGUCAUGUUUUAACGAGCGCGAAUUGCACCCUCUGUACAGUAAAUACACGCAAAAGCCAUACAACUACAACUUUCAAACUAGGGUUAAAAGACCAAUUUUUAAGGACGAUGGAGUGUAUUCUAGAGAAUUCGAUGUGCCUGUUGAUUGGCUACUGAGUCCUAAAGAACAGCGUCGUAGGGUUGCAGAGCUAGUCGGCUGUGCUGUAGACAGAUACAUAGUACCAGGGUUGCAGGAGUUGUCUAGAGGUCACUUGGCAGCUAAGACAGACUUCGUGUUUGCGUUCGGAGAGAGGGCAACGUUCCACUACGUCAAUUGCGCGCCUCAGUGGACCGGCUUCAACGCGGGCAACUGGAAUACCCUAGAGGUAGACCUUAGAAGACACAUCCACGAAUCAAAUUACAGUACGAUUAUUUACACUGGAACUUUUGGCGUCAGUCAGCUUCUUAGUGAUGCUGGAGACUUGGUGUACCUCUACCUUUACAAAGAUUCGAACAACAAUCCUGUUAUACCAGUGCCUCUGUAUUUUUACAAAGUGGUUUAUGAACCGAAGCUGAAUAAGGGGAUUGCCUUCGUUGGAAUCAAUCAUCCUUACUUAACGCUAGAAGAAGCUAAGAAGCUGGUCUUCUGUCAGGACCUGUGUCAUGGCAGCUAUAAUGUCUCUUGGCUCUCAUGGCAUCCCGAUAGUUCUAGGGAAGGGUACACUUUUUGUUGCACAGUUGAAGAUUUUCGCAAAACGGUGCCGUAUUUGCCUCCGUUCAAAGUCACUGGAUUACUACUGUGAUUAGGUAUUUAUAAAUUUCAAUUCGAUUUUUUAAAGACUUGUUAAAAACUUAAGUUACAUUAUUUGUACAUGUGUCGUAAGAAUAAAAUCAAAUAAAAAAAAUUAUCGCUGUGUUACAACCA